ACACUAUCAACUUUUACAAAUAAUCACUUUUUCCAAAUCACUCCAAAAGUGCUUUUUUUUUAAAGCAGAAGCUGUUGCAAACACUCCCUUAGGAAUUUAUUACGACUGCCCAACAUUUUAUGUUCUAAUUUCUAAAUUGUUCUUGUUCAGGAAAGCAAAUAAAAAUUCUGGAAGUUUUGAGCUUGUCGCGAGGAGUUCGGUUAUCUAUCGAGGACACUCGACACUCAAGACUCAAGAGUGAAGAACAAACAUAAGCUUUUUGUCGAAAAAAAAUCUAUGGCCGUCUCUUUCUAUCCUGCAAUUUCUUCUGGUCUACACACCCGCGCUGGGUUCACGCAGUCAUCUUUAAGCUGUGCGAACAAUGUUUUCGUUGGUUUAAGAGUUCAAACUCCAAAUUUUCCUGGACGGGCGAAAAAUACAAAUUUUGAAUUUCACAACAAGGUGUAUAGAAGCGUCAUGUCCAGAGCUUGUAAAAGUAAACCGACUCGUGGACAACUUUCCAUGAUGCCUGUAGGAACACCACAAGUGCUUUACCGAAACCCAGUGGAAGGGUCUUGGCAAUGGGUUGACUUGUGGAAUGCUCUUUACCGCGAACGUAUUAUUUUCAUUGGUCAAGAGAUUGAUGAAGAAUUCAGCAACCAGCUACUGGCUACAAUGCUUUAUCUUGAAAGUGUUGAUGAUUCUAAGAAAUUGUAUCUCUACAUCAAUGGCCCUGGUGGUGAUCUUACACCAUGCAUGGCCAUAUAUGACACAAUGCAAACUUUAAGAAACCCGGUUUGUACACACUGUGUGGGACUUGCCUACCAUCUUGCUGGGUUUCUUUUGGCAGCUGGGGAUAAGGGUAAGCGGUCUGCAAUGCCUCUUUCAAGAAUUGCAUUAUCGUCUCCGGCUGGUGCUGCUCGUGGUCAGGCUGAUGACAUACGCAAUGAAGCAAAUGAACUUCUCAGGAUUAGAGAUUACCUAUUUGAGGAGUUGGCUGCUAAGACAGGCCAUCCUGUUGAAAAGAUCCGUAAGGACUUGAGCCGGCUGAAGCGUUUCGAUGCCUCACAAGCUCUUGAAUAUGGUCUUAUAGACCAUAUAGUUAGGCCUUCAAGUUUGGAGGAUGAUGGCGGCAGGAAGGACUCAACAGUGGGUCUUGGUUAGUUUGUAUGUAGUGGCUCAACGGGACUACAUUAAUGAUUUUAGUAUAUCAUAUUUGGCUUGAAGUGGGCAAAGAUUAUCUGUUGAUUGAUACGUGUCCUGAUUGUGCUGUGAAUAUUCAUCAAUCCAAGGCUUCUGAAAAACAUCAGAUCGCCUUUUUAUCAGCCGAUCUUUGCAAAUAUUUUUCUCGCUACGUUCUAUUAAUACAUUUAAGCAUACUCAUAGCUUUUAUUAAUGCAAGUAACUGUUAUACUGUAAAAAAGCUAAUACUUCAUUCGUCCCAUUUCAAAGUUCUUUGUGAGAUCAACUGAUCACGAUUUGUGUGAUUACCAUUGAUUUACUUAUAAUAACUCUUACCUCUAAUAAUAUAUCUUGCCUUGAUC